AUGGGACACCAUGAUGAAGAGAUCAGCGUGGUCCCCAAUUGGUCUCUGGAUGCCGAACAGAUCCCAGUUAUCCUGGGCAUUAACAAAGGAUAUCUGUGUCUGUCAAUUGGGAUGGCUCAGCAGCCUUUUCUUCAGCUAGAGGAAAAGAACAUCAUGGAUCUUCAUCACAGCAAAGAGGAAUUCAAGAACUUCACCUUCUAUUUGCGGAACCCUGGAACCAGCUUUAAACUAGAGUCAGCCAUGUACCCAGGCUGGUUCAUCUGCAGCAGUCUUGAGGAGAACCAGCCCAUCGCCCUCACUAACCAUCCUGAGGAAUCAGAAUCAGUCAUCACUGACUUCUAUUUCCAGCCGUUCUACACAAUGUUUAACUUCCGCUUAGCAACCCGUUGGAGAGAUGGUUCUGUCUAG